AUGAAAUCAUUUCGUGCAGAAAUCGGAAAACGACUUGCUGUUCGCAAGUCUAUAGAUGGUGAAAAGAAGGACAAGGAUUCAUCCAUGUCAAAAAAAAAAAAACUUAUCAAGGAAUUAGAAUCACCAAGUUCUUUAUCGAGUACGAUCGCACAAACCCAAACUAUCACGAACUCUGGUAAUUUUACCGAUUUAUACAAUGCAAUUAUUAAGGCUGAAGAACGAAUUGAGAGCGCCAAUCAAGAAGGCUCAGAAAAACUUAUCGAUGAAGUCGCAAAACAGCUUCCCAAUGAUCUCUCAAGAAAUGUAAUUGAGUAA